CUUGGCUUUUGCGGAAGGCGGGUGGGAACCACAAACCUCCCCAACCUCCUUCCAUCUCGUCCAGGGAACUGGCGGCUUCCCCCACCGUCUUCAGCUUUUUAUCCCAAAUGUGAGGAGACAUGUUUCAAGAACUGUUCCCACACUAUCAGUUGCUUCAGUUCCUCCAGCGCCUGACCCUUCCUUCCCUCAGCCAGGCUCUGGAGGCCAUAACAUAACUGGGCAUAAGUUCCCCCAGGUUUCCUCUUAAUUUCUCCAAAAUGUUUUCCUGCUCUGCUCAGUCGUGAGCCACAAUCAAACUCUCCCUCAUUCUUUAAAGAGUCCACAAUCGGCGGUUUCCUCAUCCCUCAUUUCUGAGUAAAUCUCCCUCAGGAGAUCCUUCAUUCUGGCCUCAUCCAGAAGCUCUGAAUUUGGUUCUCUCAAAACAGAAAGGCUUCUAUAUCAUCUCCUUUUUGAAAUUUUGUUUGUUCCACUGAGGUAACUUCCCCACUUCUCUGUGGAACCAGUCCUUCUGCUCUAAGCUGUAUUUUUUGCAUUUCAAGAUUAUACAUUUCUUCUUCACAUUCUGCCUCUUUCUCUCUUUCUCUCUCUCUCUCCCUUUCUCUGUCACCUGCCUGUGUUUUCGCUAACUGAAUCUGCUUGUUCUUGUUCUGCUUGUGUUUUGACCUUUCUUUCUUUCUUUCUUUCUUUCUUUCUUUCUUUCUUUCUUUCUUUCUCCUCUGCCUUGUAUUUUGGCUAACUGAAUCUGUUUUUCUGCUUCUAUUCUGCUUUCUAUUUCAAGUUCUAUCUCCUGACCAGAAUUUCCCUCAGAAAUCGCUCCUUCAGUCUGAGCUUCUCCCUGACUGCCUCCUCUUGCCUUGGAGGUUUAUGAGAAGCUGCCAUUUCCUGACAGGAAUUUUCCCUCACCAAAGUAUAACACACUUUCUUCUACUUUGGGGAUUUUAUUUCCUAUCAAAAUGCUCCACCAAUUGUAGCGAGCCCAGACUUAACCGCUGCUUAAUUUUAGGAGGAAAAGCUCUCCGAUAUUGGAGACUUAGGGAGAUGUUAAACAGAUGAAAGAAUUUAUUUUACACAACAAAGUUGGUAAAUCAAAAGGUGUGUCAGGAGAUAGAAAUCUUUCAAGGAACCGUUAACUUUUUUUAGAUCUGUUAAACCUAGUGGAUGUUACAGGCUGCUAAACUAGGUUCUUUUUGGCUAUUUCACUUCAGUUUCUUAAGCUUAAUUGUAUAGUUGUUACAGCUUAGGUAUAUAUAUAUAUACUGAGUAUUUACAAACAAAUUGUAAACAAAUUAAGACAUUAGCAGGACUAUUGUAAAAACUUCCAGUUUCUAAAAGAAAAAAAGAGAGUAAAUUAAUGGAACUGCUGAAAGAGGGGGAGGGAAGUUGAGGAUUGAUAGGUGAGAAUUUUGUUUUUGUUUUUUUGUUGAAAUGUUUAUUUUUAAAAAAUGAAAAUUAUAUAUGUGUGUGUGUUGAUUUACAAUUGUUUAAUAUAUAUAUAUAUAUAUAUAUAUAUAUAUAUAUAUCUCCAUAAUAAACAUUUUAUAAUGUUUAAUGUCAUGCUGGGAAUUUUUCUGCAGCUGCGAUCAGAGGCGGAGAUGAUCCGGGCGUGGGGAUUUCUCUUCUUCUGCGGUCUCCUGAGCCUGACUUGGGGACAUGAAGGCCAAGGGGCCUUUCUGAGGAUCAGGAGGAAAUACCUGGAGGAAGGUAACCUUGUUGAAUGGUCACUGUAAAAUGUGAAGGUUCAUUAUUGUUUCACAAGUUGUGUAUGUCUUUAAGGGCCAGGGCAAAUAAUGAGACCCAGUCUUACAGCUGUGAAACAUAGCAGGUGCUGCUAGGUUGUGUUAAUUAAGCUGUGUCAGCAUUUGGGCAUAGUAUAUAAGGAGCAGCCCCUAGCUCUCCCAUUACCCUGGGGGAUGGGUUGGUGGUUGGGCCAUGUUUGUUGUUGUUAUCUUUAGUGUAAAAGGAGUUCUUGCUUUGUUAUUAAAACCUUGCUAAAGUUAUUUUUGAGUUCCUUGUUAUGCAUGGUCUCCCCAGCAAGCUCUCUGCAACGUUACUAAACUGCAAAUAGCCAACAAACCCCACAAUCCUUGCAGUUAGCAGGGUGAGGCAGGUGUUUGGGUCUCAUCUUCCCCAUUUUGCACAAGAUACAUGCAUGUCCUGAAUUAGGUAGGCUGAACUUCUUUGGCCUGUCUUCCAUCUCUUCGCUGUGAUUUCUGCAUUAUGGGAGGGGGGUGGACUAGAUGGCUCUUCGGGACCCUUCCAAUUCUACAGUUCUAUGAUUCAAAUAAAUAAAUACAAACCAGGACUAACAUAUUCUAAAAACUGGUCCUUGCUUACCUCUCCAUUACAUCACUGUUUUGAUAUAUUUUUAAAUAAUAAUAAAAAAAUAAUGUAGCAUGAGAAAAGCAAUGAAGUACAUCAUCCUAAAUCUCAGCAUUUUCCACAGUCAAUAAAUGCCUGAGUUCUUUGACUUUUUAUUCACUAUCUCUAAAGCACAGUCACUGAUGGAUCAAACUACAAUUCUUUCAGAGCUUGGGAGAUGUCUGGUCAGUUCAGACAUGGGAGAAGAGUUAACCCAUUUGGUAAGGGAACUCAGUCCUCAACCACCCCCUGACUCUGGAAAGCCCUUCUUUGGACACAUCCCACAUCUGCCACCCAGGUAGGAUCUGUGCAAAUUGGGAGUCCCAUUUGAAACAGGAACUCUGGAAGAGCACAGUAACGCUUAUGUGCAGGUCCCAUUCCAUUUAAUAGGGUGUGUUCAAGAGAAUCUCUUUUAUUGAGGACUCCCUUCUUCAUGCGAGGGAUGCGGGUGGCGCUGUGGGUUAAACCACAGAGCCUAGGACUUGCUGAUCAGAAGAUCGGCAGUUUGAAUCCCCGCAAUGACGGGGUGAGCUCCCAUUGCUCGGUCCUUGCUCCUGCCAACCUAGCAGUUCGAAAGCACGUCAAAGUGCAAGUAAAUAAAUAGGUACCGCUCCGGCGGGAAGGUAGACAGCGUUUCCGUGCGCUGCUCUGGUUCGCCAGAAGCGGCUUUGUCAUGCUGGCCACAUGACCCGAAAAAACUGUCUGCGGACAAACGUUGGGCUCCCUCGGCCAGUAAAGCGAGAUGAGCACCACAACCCCAGAGUCGGCCACGACUGGACCUAAUGGUGAGGGGUCCCUUUGCCUUUACCUUACCCUUAUUCAUGGGGUACCAGAAAUGUCCAGCCCACAGUUUUAGGCACCUCCCCAUUUAACUCAGAGCCCCCACUAGUUGAGUUGCCUUUUGUUGUCUUUGCAGAAUAACGGUGGAGACCCCGUAUCGCCCAGCUAUUGAUAUAACAAUGCGAUCAGACGAUUCACUGAACCUCCAUUGGAUGGUGGUAUUUGGCGUCUAUUUAGAAUAGUAAGUUCUUUUUCAGCAUCUUCUUUUCAGGAAAUAGCCUUGAAGACCAGCAGUGAAAACUCUGCAAUUCUAUAAGUCUGUGAUAUUUGGGAGCAUCCAAGCAAUCUUUCUGUUAGAGAUGAACUCUGUUGACCCCCCAAAGAGGUCAAAUCUGUGUGAGCAGAUCUGUGUCUUCUUAUAGAUCGUUUUAAGCCAGUUUGGAUGCCUUUUUGGCUGGAAUGGGUGGUGGAAAUUUUCAGAUAAACAAAUAGAUGAAGUAUGAUGCCAUUAGGCUAGAAAACCCCAUCGGUAGCAUGGAACCUAUUGCUCCCACAGGAGGCACUGUUAUACAGUGGUUCCGCUCCUUCCGCCUGGGCCGUGUUCAGAAAGUGGGGUGGGGAUGGGUGUUCAGACCCCUGGGCCCUCACUUAUGGGGUGCCUCAGGUUUCUGUCCUCCCCCCCAUGUUUUUUACAUCUAUAUGAAGCCACUGGGAGAGAUCAUCAGGGGGUUUGGGCUGGGUGUUCAUCAGUAUGUGGAUGACACCCAGCUCUACCUCUCCUUUAAAUCAGAAUCAAUGAAGGUCCUGUAUGAGUGUCUGGAGGCAGUUGGAGGAUGGAUGGCAGCUAAUAGAUUGAGGUUGAAUUCUGACAAGACAGAAGUACUCUUUUGGGGGGACAGGGUGUGGGUGGGUGUGGGGGACUCCCUGGUCCUGAAUGGGGUAACCGUGCCCCUAAAAGACCAGGUGCACAGCCUGCGAGUCAGUUUGGACUCACAGCUGUCCAUGGAGGUGCAGGUCAAUUCUGUGUCCAGGGCAGCUGUCUACCAGUUCCAUCUGGUACGCAGGAUGAGACCCUAUCUGCCCACAGACUGUCUCACCAGAGUGGUGCAUGCUCUAGUUAUCUCCCGCUUGGAGUACUGCAAUGCGCUCUAUGUGGGGCUACCUUUGAAGGUGACCUGGAAACUACAACUAAUCCAGAAUGUGGCAGCUAGACUGGUGACUGGGAGCGGCCACCGAGACCACAUAAUACGAGUCCUGAAAGACCAACAUUGGCUCCCAGUACGUUUCCGGCCACAAUUCAAAGUGUUGGUCCAACUUUGAGGGCCUUCUGGCUGUUCCCUCACUGAGAGAAGUGAGGUUACAGGGAGCCAGGCAGAGAGCCUUCUUGGUAGUGGCACGUGCCCUGUGGAAAGCCCUCCCAUCAGAUGUCAAGGAAAUAAACAACUAUCUGACUUUUAGAAGACAGCUGGAGGCAACCCUGUUUAGGGAAGUUUUUGAUGUUUUAUCUUGUUUUUAAUACUCUGUUGGGAGCUGUCCAGAGUGGCUGGGGAAACCCAUUCAGAUGGGCAUGUUAUUAAUAAUAAAUUCUUAUUCCUAUUCUUACUACAAUACCACCAACUUGGGUGGCUUUAAAAACAGAUUAGAUUAGACAAGUACAUGGAGGAAAGAGCUCUCAGUGACUGCUAGCCAGGAUGGCUAUUCUCUCCUGCCCAGUUGAAGGCAGAAAUGUUUCUGAAUACCUGUUGCUGGAAACCCCAGGAGGCAAGAGAGCUCUUGUGUCCAGAUCUUCCUUGUGGCUUUCUCAUCUGGUUGGCCACUGUGAGAACAGGAUUCUGGGGCCAGUGGCCUGAUCCAGCAGGCUGUUCUUACGUUCUUAGGUAGGCUAAAACCAGCACUUUGUAUUUUCAGGGCGUGAUACAAAUGCAAUAUAUCCUUUCCUUCCAUCUAGUUCCUUUGAUCCUUUGGGCAAAGAGGUGGAGAUUCAAGUCACAAAGGACUUCUCAACUGUCAUGACCAUGAACAGCAGUGGAUUUCAAAUGAAGAGCUGCCGCUCCUGUGGUGGUUGGUCAGAUAUCAAAACCUGGUACAAGUAAGUAAUAAUAAUAAUAAUAAUAAUUUAUUAUUUAUACCCCGCCCAUCUGGCUGGGCCUCCCCAGCCACUCUGGGCGGCUUCCAAAAAAUAUUAAAAUACUGUAGUACAUCAAACAUUAAAAGCUUCCCUAAACAGGGCUGCCUUCAGAUGUCUUCUAAAAGUCUGGUAGUUGUUGCUCUCUUUGACAUAUGGUGGGAGGGCGUUCCACAGGGAGGGCGCCACUACUGAGAAGGUCCUCUGCCUGGAUCCCUGUAACUUGGCUUCUCGCAGUGAGGGAACCGCUAGAAGGCCCUCAGUGCUGGACCUCAGUGUCCGGGUAGAACGACAGAACAUUUUCCUUGGGCGGGUGACAGGGGAAGAAGACAAACAGCCAGGCAAUUCACUCAGGCAAAGAAUGGCAGGCUAGACCAUGUAAAUGAAUGUUGUGUUCUGGCAUUCCUGAUGGUUGGCAAAUGAUUUCAAGUCAUCAAUCUGACCAGGUUUUUGUUUUGUUUUUGUUAUGUUUUGUUUUGUUUACUGCUUAACCUACCUGAUCAAAACAAAUUAAAAGCAGAGUUUUCUGGUUCUUUGUUUGAUCCGAAGCAUUUCAUUCCACCAAUGUUCUCCAAGGAUUUGUGUGUGUGUGUGUGUGUGUGUGUGUGUGUGAGAGAGAGAGAGAGAGAGAGAGAGAGAGAGAGAGAGUAAGAGAGAGAGGAUGUCUGCCAGCCAGCCCUGGAUCUCACUGAUGUGUUUCUACUCCUGCCCACACCAGAAUGAGAAAGGCAAGCUUUGGGUUUUGGCCAUUCUGUUGGCACAUACUCUCCCUCUCUCAUCCUCACUGAAUUGCACUGUAAAUAACAAUCCAUAGUAUUUUUGAUAAUUCCUCUGGAACUCUUUGUUACUGGAUUUUCAGCAGUUGCCUUCUGUGCCAGAUUUUAAAGACUUGCUGGAAACCUUUUUAUUCUGUCAAGCCUAUGCAAACAAUUAAGGGUAAACCCCCAACCAAGGGUUUAUUGAUAUUCGCUUUUAAUUUCUAUUUGCUUUUAACUCGAUUUUCACUUUUUAUGAUUUCAUUGUCUAGUUUUACAUUUCUAUAUUGUUGAUCGCUGUGGUAAAUUUGUUAUGAUACGGCAGUGUGUGCGUUUGUAUGCACUGGUUUGUUUGUUUUUACUGUCUUCCAAGGGCUUGGAACGGCACUGUUAGAAUUCCUGCUCCGUGAUUGCAGUCAUGGGAUUGUUGUCUUUCACAUGACGGUGUAUGUUUUGACUCUACAGAAUGGGAAAUGACGGAGACAGGAUGUUUGUGUUACUGUGUUCCGUGAAGUGGGACUAUUGUCCUUUGUUCUUUCUAUUUGCUGACUGAUGCUAGAGAGAGAAGGAACCAUGUUGCAGUGAUCUGUGUGUAAAUAAAGUAGAUUAGCCACAAUGCUGAGUUGCUGAGUUCUGUUACUUAAACUGCGAAGACUCUGUGGAUCCCUAAGUGUGCUGAUGUCUGUUGGCAUAAGUUGCUGUGAUGUUCGGGCAGAAGAAAGCUUUUGAAGCUCCCGAACGAUUGACCAGGAGGGAGGGAACAUGCCAGUCGAGCAUGUGUCUCUGCCAGGGUCCUACUCGAGAGUAGGACGACGCCCUAACAGGCACUGCUAGGAUGCACCUUUUCAUUUAAAUUGCAGGCAGCUGUUCUAACUUCUGCAAGCUUUUCGCAUCUCUUUCCCAUUUUAUCACUCAUCAGAUCUUCCAGCACUUCAAUAGAGGGUGUCACGCCAAUGGUACAGAUUGCUCUGGGGGAAAGACUGAUCCCUGUUUUGGAUGAAAAGGUUGGUCUUAUCCUGCUGGAGUUGAGGUUGAAAUGUACAUAGGGCUCUGACUGCUGAUGUUAAAUGAAUUGAUUUUGAUGCUGUUCUUGGUGCUACUGGUGUUCAUAGAAUUGUAGAGUUGGGGGGAAUCUCAAAGGUCAUCUAAUCCAACCCCCUUGCAAUGCAUCCUUUGCUUAAAAACCUCUGAAUCCACCACCUCCCAAGGGAGUCCGUUCCACUGUCGAACAACUCUUCCCAUCAGAAAGUUCUUCCUGAUGUUUAGCCGCAAUCUCAACCAUUGGUUUGAGUCCUCUCCGCCAGAGCAGGAGAAAGCAAGCUUGUCUGCCAUAUCACCUCUCAAUCUUCUCCAGGCUAAACAGACCCAACUCCCCCAGCCAUUCCUCGUAAGGCUUGGUUUCCAGACUUGUGUUUUCCACUCUCACUUUGCUUUUCAUGUUUUAUAUUUCAGAGCUGUGGCCUCUUGCAGUCUGCCCUGUCCAGGCCUGGAGGUUGCCUUCUGAGCCAGAGUCUAUGUAAGCAGCUUCCUUCUUUGCACAUUCCUUUAAGAAAUGCUAAGGCAAAUCAGGGAGAAGCUGCUUGAAGCAGAUUCCUCUGAUGCUGGUUUGGUUGAUAUUUUAAACACACAGAGGGGGAGUAAAUGAAAUAUGCACAUUCCCCAAUUUGAGCUAAAUGACUAUGGAUGCCAUUAGGUUUGGGAGAGAAACGGUGCCUUCAAAAUAUCUCCCUGCUUUUAUUAGACAUGAUGUUUGAAGACCAGAAUUGCAAAACUUCAAAAUUCCGAUACUGUUCCUUUGAUGCUGUAACUAGUCCUGUGGACUUCCCCACUCAUUCAGCCGAAGGCGCUGAUCUUUGUGUGCAUGCCGUUGCACGGGAGGAAAGAGUCUCCCCAUUGAAAUGAAUGGGGAAGUCCAUAGCAAGGAUUCUUUCAAUAGAAUGGGCAAUUGGGAAGAUUUCCUAAAAGACAGGGGAGGUUGGUGCGGGUAAUGCAUAUUCCAGGAGCUCUGAGGCCAUGGGAUAAAGAGAUUUGCUCCUUAGUUAAAGAGUACCAACACUGAAUGAGUCUCCUCACUUGAGAGGCAGUGUGGUGUAGUGGGUAGAGUGUCAGAGGAGGAACUGGGAGACCAGGGUUCAGAUCCCAACUCGGCCACAAAGCUCUCACUGAGUGACCUUGAGGGCCAGGCACUGCCUCUCAGAUUAACCAACCUUACAGUGUUGUGGGGAUUAAAUGAGGAGAGGAAGAGUCACGGAUGACACCUUGAGUUCUUUGGCGAAAACGCGGGAUACAGAUGCAAUAAAUAAAUAAAUAUAUAAAUUCUUGGCUUCCCUGCAGUUGACUUGUCACCUCUUGGGAUCCAGUACUUUCUCGAGAGCUUCCUUCUGAGAAAUGACACUCUGAUCCUCGAGCUGCGU